AUGCAAAUCCCCUAGUGGCGUGGCGUCAGCGGCUGUGGACCCCGAAGGCAGGUUCUGACUCUGGACUUGACCUGGACGGAGGGAGGGAGAGCCAGCAUGUCUCAAUGGAAUCAAGUCCAACAACUAGAAAUCAAGUUUUUGGAGCAAGUAGAUCAGUUCUAUGAUGACAACUUUCCCAUGGAAAUCCGGCAUCUACUGGCCCAGUGGAUUGAGCAUCAAGAUUGGGAAGUGGCUUCUAACAAUGAAACUAUGGCAACAAUUCUUCUUCAAAACUUAUUAAUACAAUUGGAUGAACAGUUAGGUCGCGUUUCCAAAGAGAAAAACCUGCUGUUGAUCCACAAUCUAAAGAGGAUUAGAAAGGUUCUUCAGGGAAAGUUUCACGGAAAUCCCAUGCAUGUAGCUGUGGUCAUCUCAAAUUGUUUACGGGAAGAGAGAAGAAUACUGGCUGCAGCCAACAUGCCUAUCCAGGGACCUCUGGAGAAAUCCUUACAAAGUUCUUCGGUAUCGGAAAGACAGAGAAACGUGGAGCACAAAGUGGCUGCCAUUAAAAACAGUGUGCAGAUGACAGAACAAGACACCAAGUACUUAGAAGAUCUGCAAGAUGAAUUUGACUACAGAUAUAAAACAAUUCAGACAAUGGACCACGGGGAGAAGAACAGCAUUCUAAUGAACCAGGAAGUUUUGACCCUGCAAGAAAUGCUUAAUAGCCUGGACUUCAAGAGAAAGGAAGCCCUCAGUAAGAUGACACAGAUCGUGAACGAGUCGGACCUGCUGAUGAACAACCUGCUGAUCGAGGAGCUGCAGGACUGGAAGAGGCGGCAGCAGAUAGCCUGCAUCGGCGGCCCGCUCCACAACGGGCUGGACCAGCUUCAGAACUGCUUUACCCUGUUGGCAGAAAGUCUUUUCCAACUCAGACGACAACUGGAGAAGCUAGAGGAGCAAUCGACCAAGAUGACUUACGAAGGCGACCCCAUCCCCACUCAGAGAGCACACCUGCUGGAGAGAGCCACCUUCCUGAUCUACAACCUUUUCAAGAACUCGUUUGUGGUUGAGCGACAGCCGUGCAUGCCGACACACCCUCAGAGGCCGAUGGUCCUUAAAACCCUCAUACAGUUCACUACCAAACUGAGACUACUAAUAAAAUUGCCAGAGCUCAACUACCAGGUGAAGGUGAAAGCUUCCAUUGACAAGAAUGUCUCAACUCUGAGCAAUAGAAGAUUUGUGCUUUGCGGGACUCAAGUCAAAGCCAUGUCCAUUGAGGAAGCCUCCAAUGGGAGUCUCUCAGUAGAAUUUAGACAUUUGCAACCGAAGGAAAUGAAGUCCAGCGCUGGAAGUAAAGGAAAUGAGGGCUGCCACAUGGUGACGGAGGAGUUACACUCCAUAGCCUUUGAGACCCAGAUAUGCCUAUAUGGCCUCACCAUUGACUUGGAGACCAGCUCGUUACCUGUGGUGAUGAUUUCUAACGUCAGCCAGCUGCCCAAUGCGUGGGCAUCCAUCAUCUGGUACAACGUGUCGACCAACGACUGCCAGAACUUGGUUUUCUUCAAUAAACCUCCGUCUGUCACGCUGAGUCAACUCCUGGAAGUGAUGAGCUGGCAGUUUUCAUCCUAUGUUGGCCGUGGCCUUAAUUCAGACCAGCUCAACAUGCUGGCGGAGAAGCUCACAGUCCAGUCUAACUACAGCGAUGGUCACCUCAGCUGGGCCAAGUUCUGCAAGGAACAUUUGCCUGGCAAACCGUUUACCUUCUGGACCUGGUUGGAAGCAAUAUUGGACCUGAUUAAAAAGCACAUUCUCCCCCUGUGGAUUGAUGGGUACGUCAUGGGCUUUGUAAGCAAAGAGAAGGAACGGCUUCUGCUCAAGGAUAAAAUGCCCGGGACAUUCUUGUUAAGGUUCAGUGAGAGCCAUCUUGGAGGGAUCACCUUCACCUGGGUGGACCACUCUGAAAACGGAGAAGUGAGGUUCCACUCUGUGGAACCCUACAACAAAGGGCGGCUGUCAGCUCUGCCCUUCGCUGACAUCCUGCGAGACUACAAGGUCAUCAUGGCCGAAAACAUCCCCGAGAACCCUCUCAAGUACCUCUACCCUGACAUUCCCAAAGACAAAGCCUUCGGCAAACACUACAGCUCCCAGCCUUGUGAAGUUUCGAGACCUACAGAACGGGGAGACAAAGGUUAUGUCCCGUCGGUUUUUAUCCCCAUUUCAACCAUCCGAAGUGAUUCCACGGAGCCGCAGUCUCCUUCAGACCUUCUCCCCAUGUCCCCGAGUGUAUACGCUGUGCUGAGAGAAAACCUGAGCCCCGCCACGAUUGAAACUGCGGUACGUCCUCCCGUCUCUCAAUGGUCUGGGGUGUUGGCAAUGAAACAAAGGUGCCAAGUGAAUCGCAGGGGGUUGCGGCACCGCCCGGGCAAAGAGAAAGCACGGUUGCUAACACAAAUUCAAGAGCCUAAAACAGACGGUGCUGCUUAGGUGGCAUGCCCGUUGCUAAAUACUGGCGCUGGCGAGAACUGCCUUCUGGUGUUUGCCACAAAACCAGAGGGACAAAUAUGCCUACACUUCUCUCCCUGGCGCAGCCAAAGUCUGUAAGUCUCCUUUGGCAGUUACCGUAAGAAAGUCAGGAACCACAAGUUCCAGUUUCUCUUGGUUGUUGCACAGCUUCUCUCUGUGGCCCUAGAACACGAAGACCAAUCGAAGCAUAAGUAUUUUUUUAAAUAAUUAACUUUAUUUUAUGUGCAUUGGUGUGAAGGUGUUAGAUCCUCUGAAACUGGAGUAACAGACAGGUGUGAGAUGCCAUGCGGGUGCUGGGAAUUGAACCCAGGGCCUCUUGAGCAGCCAGUGCUCUUAACCACUGAGCCAUCUCUCCAGCUCGAACGUAAGUAUUUUUUAAGAACUGUGUCCCCAUCUAUAACAUUACUUGGGAUGUUUUCUAUUCGUUCCCGUACCCCAAUGCUGUCAAAGGGUUCGCCACUCCCAGUUUACCAAAUAUGAAUACAUCAGAGCGAAACCUUGCAGGGAUCUGGAUGCCCGGGAAGCUGCUACCUGGCUAGAAGUCGAACGGUAUUCAAUUCUUUAAGAAUUCCAAGUCCAUGCUUGCCCUGCAUGGCUUAGCCCAAUGCUGGAUGUCCUGAAUAUACCAAGUUGUUUAGAUCCAACUGAACUUUUGCUACAUUCUGUACCUAUUUUUAGGUUUUAAUUAUUUAAAUAAUAAUUAAUAUUACUAUGUUUCGUGUGAUGAAUGGGUUUGGGGUUUGUAAUUAUCGUGUGUGUUUCUGUGUUGAACUCGGGCUUUCGGUGCGAGUGGCUUUCACCCAAUGAGCCACUCUGCCUGCCCCGUGAGUAGACUUUUCUUAACACAGUUUUUAAUCUGCCCGAAUUACUCUUAUUUCUGACUGAUGAGACCCAAUUACUCUAAUGAAUUCUUAGUUAACUGGUAGAAAGGUUACAGAUUGUUCAGUAGACAAAAGGAGUAUUCGCUCCCUCAAAACUGAUUUAUUUGCAGAACAGCUUCCUUAGCCAUCAUUUUCCACUUUCAAUUUUAGAUGAAGUCUCCGUAUUCUGCUGAAUGACAGCCUAAAGCGACCCUUCACAGAAGAGAGAGGUUGACAACGGGGAUUGUUCUCGGCCAAAGACCACAAUUUAUUUCUUCAGCUUUGUAAAUACUGGUUUCUAGAAAAUGGUAGAAGUCUGAAGCUUUCCUCUCAUCCCAACUGGGAGCAGAGUGA